GACGGCGCUGUUUAGGGGUAGCGUACUACAAAGGUACUGAUCCAUUGCUCUCAAGGCCUCCGAGGCCAUCCCGUCCUCUAGCAAGUGGUCAAUUGGAGCAGCGAAAUUACGCAGAUCGACACCCGCCUUUAGUCGACCGACAUGGACAUCCAGUUCUUGCAAUUUAUGCGUGAAAUAGAGAGCCACCUAUUCUUCAGCCAGUCGCGCAAGGGGCCGUCCGAUAUGGAUACGCACUCAAGAUCCAGCCCGCAGGGGCACGAGACACCCUCUCCCUCUGGCGGAGCUAGCCCGACCGGCGAAGACGAUUCGAAUCGGGUGGAUUUCGCUCAAGGCCGAGUUCUAUAUAUAUUUGAACAAAACUCGCAGUUCAACAGGGCUAUACUCCUGCUGCUGUAUGGGUUCUGUAUUCGUCUACAUCAUGAAGACUACGCCUAUAUUCGCGCUUUCAUAGAGCGACAUUUGAGCUUGCGAUGCGUUUUGCAACGGCCGUAUCAUUGGCAACAGAAAUCUACGCCGGAGUUGAGCUCUUCGAGACAGAAAUGCUAUAGGAGGGUCACGGUCUCUUUUCACAUGACUUAUCUAACGCUUGACGCCAACGAAAUGGAUGGAGCGAGAGAUGUAUUUGACCGAGCUUCACUAUUUCCAUUCAUCCACAAACCAGGAAUCGGGAAACAGAAAGGGAAAUAUAUUUUCCAGGCUUCCGCUUCGGUGCUGCUCACACUUACAGUCCCGGAAGAAUCAGAGUCCCAUGAAGAAGAACUCAGUCUGUUGCAACAUCCGCAAGCCCUGUGGGUCGUCCUUGUUAUCAACGCUCAGCGACAGUUCGUCUUCGAAAACAGACCUGCACAGCACUCCACACCCAUUGCCCAGUUUAUUCGUGGCGUUAGGUCGUCACUAUACUCGCAAAGAAUGCACGCGCAAUCUAUAUACAAUGCUUUGAGUGAGGCACUGAAAACCUGCGAUAACGGAUGUCUCUUCGAUGACGAGAACUUCUCGAAAUCAACGUUAUACCACUUCGCCAUUAAGGCGUGCGAUGAACUGGAGGCAUCGAUAGCUUCGAGUCUGGUAUUCAUGCGGAGAACGCUGAAUAACUAUGUCACCCGACUGUGCAAAGAGGCUCAUCCUUGUGAGCAGACUGGAAUAGGCUAUUGGUCACAGAAAAUGGAAGAGGAAACAAUCGCACUGGAAGAUUUGGAGGCUCAAAUACACAAAUUAGGUUCGCAAGCCCGAGAGAGUCGCAACGCUCUCAACGGAGUCACCGCAGUACUGGAAGCUCGGGCAGCCUUACAGCAAGGAGAACGUAUGAAAUCUCUAGCAUAUCUUGCGACGAUAUAUCUGCCACUAACGGCAGCUGCGUCGCUGUAUAGCAUGAGUGUUCUUCCCGAAUCCGCAUCGUUCGCGUCGUUCCUCAUCUUCUUCGCGAUAUUGUUCUUCUUCACUAUACUGCUGGGACUGAACCUGUCAGUACUGUCGGCUCUUCCUGCGAAAACGGCCCGUUACUUUCGAAGACGGUCGUUUGCAAAACGUCAGCGAGAUCUAUCGCCUACGCUUCCCUCAUGGAUGGAGAACUACAUCAACGCGUAUAUAUCUCUUCUCGACCGGUCUAGCAACGUCUGUGUCAUCGGCUUUGAUUAUGGACUAACAUCAAGACCAAAUGGCUUCCUCUGGUGGAUACCUUACCUUCUCUAUCGGUUCAUGUUUUUCGUUUUUCGAACAUUGCCAGCUCUUGUGUUGCGCCACUGCUUGAUCCCAGAAAUCCUGUAUCCUCGAUACCAGUGGCUUCUGUUCCAGUUCAGGCACAACCGAUACGUCACCAUCGUAUUUCAUCCCGCUCUUUUCGUGAUAGAUGCCAUUCGGUUUAGCCUUGUUCCGGCCUGGGUUGUCCUGGCCGCCUGCAUCAUAUGUUAUCUCGUUCUACAGGACGCGUUCAUUGGGAUCUUCAACUUCAAGCCUCGCAAGCCCCUCUGA